AUGUCAUUGAUGUGCUCCGUCCAAGAGAUGGACUCAGAAGCCCUUCUCAAGGCCAUAGAGGCUGACACCCGGGCACACAUCUCGUUUCUGCAGCAUUUUGUCCAGGCCGCCUCUCCAAAUCCACCGGGGGACACCCGCGCAGCAGCUGCCGUGAUCCGUGACUAUCUCUCUUCGCAGUACGGCAUACCGACUCGAAUCAUCUCUCCUGGCGGACAGGAAGCCCCAAAUGUAGUCGCUGAGUUCGUCUGCGGAGGGACACAUGGACCAAGGCUUGCCAUGAACGGGCAUAUAGACGUGUUCCCCGCUGGGGACGGCCACGACUGGGAGCGCAGCCCCUGGUCCGGAGAUAUUGUUGAUGGGAAGUUAUUCGGCAGAGGGACGGUGGAUAUGAAAGCAGGGACCGCCGCCAGCGUCAUUGCCUUCGCCUACCUCCAUCGCUACAAGGAGGAUCUGACGGGCAGCGUGGCACUUUGCGCUGUCAGCGAUGAGGAGACGGGCGGGCGGUUCGGGACGAAGUGGCUACUGGGUCAUGAUGAGGACGGAAAUGAGCUUUCUGAGGGGGAGAGAAGCAAGUGGGCCGGUGAAGUGACCAUCAAUGCCGAGCCUGGAGGUUUGAACACAAUCCGCUUCGCAGAAAAGGGGACCCUGAGGUUGACCUUUAUCGUUGAUACUGGGCCGGGAGCCCACGGGGCUUACACUCACCUGCAAAAAAGCGCAACGAGGAUAGCCGCCCAAUUGAUCUCCGAACUGGCUGAUGUGAGGGGUGCCAUCGACAAGGCCAUGGGCAAGGGUGCGGCAGACAUUGCCAUGAAGUGCACUCUGAAUAUUGGAACGCUCCAUGGCGGUCUUAAGGUUAAUAUGAUACCAGGACAGUGUUUCUUCGAGGCAGACAUCAGGAUGCCCCUGGGGCUCAACUCCGACCAUGUCAUGGCUGUGAUCCAUCAGACAUUGGCCAAGUACCCAGAGGCCAAGGUCGAGAUCCAGACAGCAGCAAGCAAUCCAGCGGCUGCGUGUGCGCACGACCACCCAAUGGUGGAUAUCCUGGCACGGAAUGCAGCAAGAGUCACAGGACGAAAGCCAUUGGCGAUACCAAGCAUGGGAGCGACGGAUUGCAAGUUCUAUCGCUAUCGCGGGAUUCCGGCAUACAUCUUUGGUGUUUCACCGGAUACUAUGGGCGCAGAGGACGAGAGAGUAUCUAUUGAGGACUUCCUGGCUGUCGUCAAAACACAUGUGCUCGCCGGCUGGGAGUAUCUCGGAGGAUCUGUAUAA